GUCAAUGUUCAAGAACGCUCCAUAUUCGAAUUAUUGCCGGAAGAUGCAGAUGUUGAAACUUGGUCCUAACCGAGGUACAGCUGACAUGAUUUUCAGUGUAAGAAAAAUGCAAAAAAAAAAAUCCAAAUAACAAAAUUGCCCAUCAAACAUGGCCUUCAUAGACUUAGUAAAAGCAUUUGAUUCGGUUACCAUCGAUGACAAUAAUAAUGGAACAGAAGAUAAUCAAACUCGGUAUGGAGUGAUCGCCUAUGAUGAUGGUUGACUCCUUAAACAAUUUGGACGUGCACAAAGUGAUCUACAAGCAUAAAGAUGGAAGAUCCCAAGGCCAACACACGUCAUCGCGAACAGCUGAACUAUAGAAGCUUGCAUGGAAAUAACCUACAAGUACAUCACCAAGGACCAGAAUAUGCUGCAAUCGCACAAGAGAAUACACAAAUGCAGAUUCGACAGAAAAUGAAGCGAGGAUAACAAUCGAAGCUUGACCUGACACAAGGGCCGCAAGCACAUCUGAAAAUAGGGUUAUCGAGCCCAAUGAUGGACCUGUCGAGCCCAUGGGAGUGCCUAUUCUGCAGCCCAUUGGAGUGCCAGUUGACCAGCCCAUCAAUGUGGCUCUUGAGGUACCUGUUGAUGAGUUUGUUGACGUGGAAUUGGGAAUUGUGGAACCUAUUGUUCAAAUGCCGGAGGAAUUUGUUGAAUAUGGGGAGGCACUUAUUAAUGGACAUGCUGUGCAAGUUCCAUAUGUAGAGCCGGAAGAAGCUGCCGCUAUGAAUGCACAAGAUGAACAGGAAAUUUGGGAUGCUGCACUCGAUGCUGCAUUUGACGAAUAUUAUGAUUCCGGGUCAGAAAACGAAGAUGGCCAUGAUUCCGACGAAGGAAGAGAUCUUCUAGAAGAAGAAAUUGUGCGUCCUCCAGAACGCCCCUCUGCGCCUGCACCAGCAGCAAGACUUGAAUCUCAGCUUGUGAACGGCAUUGAUGAAUCCAAUAUUGCUGGUCCAAGCUGCCGCCGCUCUGUGAAUGGCCCAUCCGCGGAAGUAUUCUCCAAUUUCCGUCAACCUAGACCGACUGUUCCGAACGGUCGAGCGGUUUUCGCAGGAGGACGAGGUGUUUUGGCGCGUCCUUUUGAAAACGGUGUUCUGCCGUCGUUGCCGUCAUUGAUGAUAGCUCUAGAGGGCAUAUCAUCUAUUGCUGCUUCAACCAGCCGUCGUUGUGCCAAUUCUGGACGUCCUAACCUGGAAAACGCAGUUAUUACAUCUCCUUUGGCUGUGAGAUCCCAGCAUGAAUCUGCCGCUGGUGAUGUAGAAGCUCGUGAUGAGGCAAAUGAUUCUGAAGUAGCUAUUGAUGGAGCAGCUCAUGAUGGAGCCGUCGCUGAUAAAGCAGCUGUUGAUGAGGCGGCAAAUGAUGAUGGAGCCGCUGAUGAUGAAGCCGCUGAUGAUGGAGCCGCUGAUGAUGGAGCCGCUGAUGAUGGAGCCGCUGAUGAUGCCCAGAAGGCUGAUCAUAUUAUAAUCGAAAUGCCCGAGGACACUGAUGAUGACGACGGCGACGAUGCUGUACUUCCAGUUAAUGAUGAGCAGCAAAUCGAAAUCGAUAAUAAUUCAUUAGAGGAAAUGCUGUUACCGCCAGGGGGUAGAGCCUGGUACAGCAACAGAAAAUGGUUGUAUCUGUCAUUGGUUUGCUUGGGAUUUUCAGUGAUGGCAGCAAUUUUGAUAUUGGCCUUAACUUUCCUCACUGCAAAAUGAUACUUCUAAAUAUAGUUUUAAGUUAGUUUUCAGCAUUUCGUCAAAUUAUAAUCGUUAUUUUAAAAAAAAUUUAGUUAAGGUGCUACGUUCGAGAUAGUUUUCAGUAUUCCGUUAAUACUUAUCAUAAUCAUUAUUUUGAGGAUUUUUUAGAUAAGGUGCUGCGUUUUUUCAUAUUAUAUUAUUUUU